AUUUUAAUACUUUUAUCAUUAAGACUGGGAACGGUAUUAACAAAAUUUCUGACUUGCAUUUUUAAUUAUAAUAAAAUGAAACAUUUAUUUGAAGAAGUAGAUGAAAAAAUGAAUGAAAAAUCUGAUAAACUCAAUAGUUCAUUAAUUCUUCCCUUCAGUAAGGAUUAUCAGUUCUGUUCAAACGGUGUGUAUUUCUAUUGUGGAAAAAUGGGUUCGGGAAAGACUUUUAAUUUAAUUCGUCAUAUUUUAAUUACUGAACGUUUAGGUCAAGAUUCAUAUUAUGACCAAAUCAUUAUAUCAGCAACUUCAGAUUCAAUGGAUUCAACAGCGAAAACGUUUAUGGGUAAAGUUCAGGCAUCAGUAAUUAAAGUUCCAGAUAGCGAAUU